GCAGAAUUGGAACUACAAAAUAAAAUGACUUCUACAAAACAGGAGCUGUUUUCACUCAUAGAAGACGUAGAGAUAAUCACAAAAGAGUUGUUUGAAGUGAUCUCAAUACCCAAAGGUUCAAAGACUCCAGAUACCCCUGAAACACAAGAACUCUUAGACCUUCUCAUUCACAAAGAUGCAAAAAUUCAAGAUGCACUCAAAGUAGCAAAAGAACAAGGUGAAGUUCAAAAGAAAAUGGAUGCCAUACAGGCAGAGGUUGACAAGAGAGACCAUGAAAUGAACAGAUUGCAAAAGAACUUAAAGGAAGCAGAGAAUAUGCUGGCUACUGCCAUCUAUCAGGCCAAACAGAAACUACAUUCCAUGGCACAGGCAAAAGCUAAAGCAAUAUCAUCAGAGGACCUCAUUAGAUAUGCGCAUAAAAUUAGUGCUUCCAAUGCAGUUGCUGCACCAACAACUUGGACUCCAGGGGAUCCACGACGACCUUACCCAACAGAUGUUGAAAUGAGGAUGGGAUUCCUGGGACAGAUGAGUAACCUUCCAAGUGAGAAUCUGACCAAUCAUGUGCAUGGAAACUUCUCCGACACAUUAUCCGCAUCUCGAGGGGUUGGACAACUUGAUCAUAUGACAUCACAAAGCUCUGGGCUGACAUGGCAACAACAACCUCAUAUCUCCAUGGAAACAUCAAUGACCAUGGGGGCACAAAAAGGACAAAAUAAAGAAAAUGAAGUUGGCAUCAUGUCCUCAGACUCUAGUUCAAGUUCUUCGAGUGACGAUGAAUGAUCUCAAUUUUGGCUGCUAUGUCAUUAUUAAUUGGAUAUGUCAAAAAACAAUGGCCACACCAAAGCAAUUUAUUGUUGCUAUGUUGGCAUUAAACGAUGGUUUCAUUGUGGCAAUAUUUGGACAAAGAAUUGCCAUAUAUGGCAUGGUUUACAGAGGCUAGUAUCUGACACAGUGGGAGUACAUAUGUACUGUAUGUAGUAAUGCAGCCAAUCAUGUGUAAUGGAGCAAUCCAGGAGAAUAUCAGUGUUAGGGAUGUAGUUAUGCUGACCUAGUCAGUUAAAAGAAUAUGCUAGCAUAAGGAUAUCAUACGUAACUGCCUUUUAAAUAAUAUGCCAAAGCAGACUAACUUUAUUAACUGCCAAAUGGAGUGUGUCAGUCAGUACACUACUAUUGGAAAUAUGAUAAUUAUCAUGAGCACUAAAAUAUGUAUUUGACAUCUGCAAUCCUGCUGUCACAUCUCUAUUUGCUGUCACGUCUCUAUUUGCUGUCACAUCUCUAUUUGCUGAUGCCGAUUCCGUUGAUACAUGUAAUUGUACCAUGUAAUUGUACCAUGGCAAUGAUCUCCACAGGAUUUUUUCU